GCACAUGAGCUGAGGAUCACACUGGAUAUUUUACAAAUGAUUUUCUGAACCUCUGCAGAUUAAUCUGAAGUAUGUUGUUUCUGACAUUUGUAAUGUCAUUAGAAGUAGUCAGUGAUGAUAUGGAGGCUGUUAGAAUAGGGAUUCGUGAGAAGAUCUCCUGUGCUGGACGUUGAGCAGCUGUUCUUUCUUCGGCCAAUCGCAAGCUUUAAUACAAAUCAACCCAACCCAGAUCUCACACAGCCCCUCCCCCAGCUGUAUGUCUGUGUCACACUACCUCUCUCUCCUCUUUUCUCUCUUCCUGCUUGCUGGCUCGCGCAUGCCCUCCCUUCGUUGCCUAAUGCGGCUGGGCUAAAGGGAGCAAUAUAAAGAUAGAGGGAUUGGAAAAAGAGCAGGGUGUGAUUUUUAGCUGAGAAUCCACAGAGGCGUGGGAUGGAAAAGCAACCGGGUUCUUUGUGCAUAAACCCACAUUUUUGUUGUGUUUCCACGCUACAGCAUCUGAAUAUUCGGAAGGCCCAAGAGUUAUACUAUCUGAGAAUGCAAAGGGGCAGAGGAAAGAUGGAGAGGGACAAGACGGAAGAUGAGAAUCAGUGUAAGAGGAAGUUGAGGGUGUGUGUGGCGACAUGCAACAGAGCGGACUACUCCAAGCUGGCCCCCAUCAUGUUUGGGUUCAAAAACCACCCUGAAGAGUUUGAUCUGGAAGUCGUGGUGCUUGGCUCACAUCUCAUUGAUGACUACGGGAACACUUUUCGUAUGAUCGAGCAGGAUGACUUUGACAUCGGCUCUAAGCUCCACACCAUCGUGAGAGGAGAGGACGAGGCAGCCAUGGUGGAGAGCGUCGGGCUGGCGCUCGUGAAACUCCCCGAUGUACUACAGAGGCUGCGCCCCGACAUCCUGGUUGUCCACGGUGACCGUUUUGACGCGCUGGCCCUGGCAACGGCCGCGGCGCUGAUGAACAUUAGGAUAUUCCACUUGGAGGGAGGCGAGGUGAGUGGUACAAUUGAUGACUCAAUCCGUCACGCCAUCACUAAACUGGCCCAUUACCACGCCUGCUGCACACGCAGGGCAGAGCAGCACCUCAUCGCCAUGUGCGAGGACCACUCUCGCAUCCUGCUGGCCGGCUGCCCUUCAUACGACAAGCUGCUGUCGACUAAUCACAGAGACGACUACAUGGACAUCAUCAAGAGCUGGCUGGGUGACAAGGUGCAGGAGCGUGACUACAUUGUGGCUUUGCAGCACCCAGUUACCACCGACAUCCAGCACUCCAUUAAGAUCUACGGGCUGAUGCUGGAUGCCCUGCUCUCCUUCAACAAAAAGACCCUCAUCCUCUUCCCUAACAUUGACGCCGGAAGUAAGGAGAUGGUGCGCGUGAUGCGAAAGAAGGGCAUCGAGCAGCACCCCAACUUCCGGGCAGUGAAGCACAUUCCCUUUGAGCAGUUCGUCCAGCUGGUGUGCCACGCCGGCUGCAUGAUCGGGAACAGCAGCUGUGGUGUACGAGAGGCGGGGGCCUUUGGCACGCCCGUCAUCAACCUGGGAUCAAGGCAAACCGGCAGAGAAACAGGUGAAAACGUUCUCCACGUCAGAGAUGCCGACACUCAUAAUAAGAUCUACCACGCGCUGGAGCUGCAGUUUGGAAAGAGAUACCCCUGCUCCAAGAUUUAUGGCGACGGCAACGCAGUGCCUCGUAUUCUCAAGUUUUUACAGGCCAUUGACCUGGAUGAGCCCCUCCAGAAGACGUUCUGUUUCCCUCCGGUGAAAGACCCCAUCUCCCAGGACAUCGAUCACAUCCUGGAGACGCAGAGUGCUCUGGCCGUAGACCUGGGAGGGACCAACCUCAGGGUGGCGAUCAUCAGCAUGAGGGGUAAAAUAGUAAAGAAGUACACUCAGUCCAAUCCGAAGACCUUCGAGGCCAGGAUGCAGCUCAUAUUAAAGAUGUGUGCAGACGCCUCGCAGGACGCCGUCAGCCACAACUGCAGAAUACUCGGUGUUGGAGUGUCCACUGGCGGCCGUGUAAACCCACAAGAAGGCGUGGUCAUGCACUCCACAAAGCUGAUCCAGGAUUGGUCCUCGGUGGACCUGAGGACACCCAUCUCCGACGCCCUGCAGCUACCCGUGUGGGUCGACAACGACGGUAACUGUGCUGCGUUGGCUGAGAGGAAGUUUGGUCACGGCAAAGGGGUGGAGAACUUUGUCACUGUCAUCACAGGAACAGGUAUUGGAGGAGGGAUUAUCCAUCAGAACGAGCUGAUUCACGGCAGCACCUUCUGCGCUGCAGAGUUGGGCCACAUCAUGGUUUCAUUAGACGGCCCCGAGUGUUCGUGCGGCAGCAGAGGAUGCAUAGAGUCGUACGCGUCCGGCUUGGCUCUGCAGAAAGAGGCUAAAAGGCUGCACGACGAGGACGUGCUGAUGGUGGAGGGGAUGGAUAUGAAGCUCGAGGAGCCGAUCACUGCUGCCCACCUCAUCAGCGCAGCCAAACUGGGGAACAGCAAAGCUGACGCUGUUCUGAAUAAAGCCUCCACAGCGCUAGGUGUGGGAAUCAUUAACAUCCUCCACACAGUGAACCCCACGCUGGUGAUUCUGUCCGGAGUCUUGGCCUCUUACUACCAGGACCCGGUGCAGCACGUAAUCUCUCAGAGAGCCCUCGCCUCUGCCCAGAACAUCAGGGUCGUCACAUCAGAAUUGGAGGAACCUGCUUUACUUGGAGCGGCCAGCAUGGUGUUAGACUACGCAACCAGAAGGAUAUAUUGAAGGAUAUCGUCCUGAUUUUUACGAAGGACCGCUACCAACAAAAGGACUGCAAAACUGAAUGUAGUACCUGCACUGCCCAGAUGGAUACAUAAGCAUAUCUAGGGGAUACAUUUUUGAAGGCUAGACAAUGACAAUGUGUUCAAACCAUCAUAUCAGUGUUAGCGCAGACUAAAUAUUUUUAAAAUGUAUACGUAUACAUUUUGCUUGUUGAUAACCUCGAUGAAGGCAGUUUUCCACAAAAAUACAAAUUCCCUGCGAGAAUCGUACCGUCACCAGGCCAGAUGUUGGAUACAUCAUAUGUUAAGUGGGUCCAUUGCACGGGCCAGAAAUGCCUUCCUUAUCUACAAAGUAAAAGAUAUAAUAACGCACUACGCAUGACGUAGGACUCACUCACUCUACGUGUAAUGAGAUGUGGGUGGAUGGAAAAGUCUGUCAUUAUAGAAAGCUUGGUAUCAGAUGUGACCAAAAUAUUGCCGAAACAUUCUCCUGUAAGCUUCCUCUCAGCUCUCCUGACUUGCUUGCUGUCUCACUUCUCUUUUAAAUCUUUUAUUGAGUUUUUAAUUCUCAAUUUGAUCCGUUAUUGAGAUACAUAUAUAACUGACAAGUUAUGUUACAUUUCCAUGUUUUGUUAUUAAUUAAAUUAUUUAAGGUGUGGGAAAAGAAAUGAACUACUGAAAGAUGAUUGUUAGUGUGGUUGGUGAUCUUGAAGGCUUACGGAUUAGAAAUGGUUAAUGAAAAAUCAGUUGAAAUGCUAUUAAUGAGAUGUUAAGGUGGCAUCUGCUACAGCCGAGCUGCUAUCGUAUAAGGAGGGCCUGAGGGCGAAUCUUUUGCAUGAAUCAGGUGAAGGCCUUUUCUUUGUUUUGCAUGUCAUUACCACAGACCUUAUGAAGAUUUGAAGUUUUCAUCAUGCCUUUUGAAGAUACAUUUUAUCUCAAAAAUACUUACACUGUAUGUAAUUGGUCAUAACAUGCUGACUGAAAUUUUUUGGAUGAAUGUCUUUUUAAUUUUUUUUUGGUUUAUGUUUGAAUAAAUGUAUGGUAUUGUUUAAGAUAUAAACAAGAAAUAAACGUUUAUUUAAAUGAGGAAA